GUAUUGGCAAAACCUAUUUGCGCCAUAGGCCAUAGCAUUCGAUCGCAACCCACAUGCUAAAUAGCAAAUUAGUCGGAAAAAAAUCUCGCGGCCGCCGUCGUCCCGCGAGCUACACCGCCCCCGAAAAGCUUCCAACUAAAAUAUCCAACGCAGCUCCAGUUCCUCCAUCCCUUCCUUCUCGUACUUUCCAGAACGCCGCUCCCGCCGAAGCACAGACCCGCGCACCCGCCUACCCAACGCAGCGGACUCAGGCGGAUGGAGCACCCCGCGGCCGUGACGGUCAAGCAGGAGGAGGUGGAGGACCAAGUGGUGGUGGUGCUGGACGCCGACGGCGACGCUGGCGGGCGAGCAGCCGCGGCGCCGGCGCCGGAGCCCUGGCAGACGCCGGCGGUGCCUGCGGUUCCACCGUUCCUGGCGAAGACGUUCGAGCUGGUGGAGGACCCGGCGACGGACGGCGUGGUGUCGUGGGGCGCGGCGCGGAACAGCUUCGUGGUGUGGGACCCGCACGCCUUCGCCGCGGAGCUCCUCCCGCGCCGCUUCAAGCACGCCAACUUCUCCACCUUCCUCCGGCAGCUCAACACCUACGUGCCGCCAUUCUCCAACCGCGCUGCCCCUCUCCAACCGUGCUGCCCCUCUUCGACGCUGCCUGCCCCCUUCUCGCUUCGCUCGGCGCCCAGCUCGUCGUGCCUCGCCGGAGCUCGAUUUGGCGGGCGCUCGAGCUCGAUUCAACGGCGGCCGAGUUCGAUUCGUGGGAGAACAGCUCGAUUCGCCGGAGGAGGAGCUCGAUUUCAUCGGAGGAGAGUGCGAGGAGGGCAGACCUGCGGCGACGAGCGCCGCUGUCGCCUGGAUUCCAUCUUCGCUGUCAAGCUGGAGUUGGAGCCGAGGGAGAAGCGCUACCAAACGGUCUAAAACGGGUGCUGGAACGGCAAGAAGCGAGAGCGGCUAGAAGCUGGAGCCUGGAGCUGAUCGGCGUCGAGCUGGUUUGGAGCGUCACCAAACGGGGGCCCCACGCGUGUAGCACUACUAGUGGAUUCCGCAAGGUGAGCCCGGACAGGUGGGAGUUUGCGCACGCCGACUUCCUCGCCAGCCAGUGCCACCUCCUCCCCAACAUCCGCCGCCGGCGCGGCGGGGCGGGAGGAUCCACGGCGUCCGCGACGUCAUCGGGCGCGAAGAUCGGCGCGAGCGGGAGCGGCGGCCGCGAGAGGGAGCUCGAGAGGCUGCGGCGCGACCGGGAGGCGCUGGCGCGGGAGUUGGUGCGGCUGCGGCGCGGGCAGCAGGAGGCCCGUGCGCAGCUGCUGGACAUGGAGCGCCGCGUGCGGGGCACGGAGCGGCGGCAGGAGCAGUUCACGGCCUUCCUAGCGUGCGCCAUCGAGAUCCCGGGCUUCCUGGAGCGCCGCGGCAGCGCGGCGCUCGUCGAGGCCGGCAGGAAGCGGCGGCUGCUCGACGCCGCGGCGGACGUCCUCGCCUUCGAGGAGCUGGCGCUGGCGGCGAGCUCCGAGGUCGAGGCGGCUACCGUCUCGGCCGUGGCAGCGGUGAGCCAAGACUCCGGCAGCACCUCCACCGCCACGGACAUGAUAUGGUACGAGCUGCUCGGGGAGGAGCAGGUGGGAAUCGACGCCGAGGUGGAGGAGCUCGUUGUGGCCGCGGCCGCCUCGGAGGUGGCUGAGCCGUGGGAGGAGAUGGGUGACGAGGAGGUGGAGGAGCUGGUGCAGCAGAUUGGCUGCCUAAGCUCGCCAAGCCCUUGAUCACCACUUUCCCGCAAGGUGCAGACCGUUCAGCUGCAAUGGUGCUCGGUGCUGAGCACUUAGCAGCAUCCUUGAGCACCAUUGCAGCAACCUUACAAUGGCGGCACCGGUACUGUAGUGUGCCUCCGGAUGGACCAUAAUGGUCAUGUACAUAUGUAUUAGUAUCAUUAUUAGCCUUCCCAUCCGAUGAUGGCGCUGUGUCACCCAACCCAAGGAGUGGGCGGCCUACCCCGGCCUUCCUCUAACAUCGGCAACGGAGAAGCUCGCCAGAACCCUAAUCCCCAACCCCGAACCCUAAAUCUCGCCGGAGAGCUCAUCGGAGAUGAAGAAGAAGGCAAGAGGAGGAGAAACGAAAUUCGGGUGUGAGAGCUCUCCAAAAUGCCCGGGUAUGGUAUAGCUUUUCCGUUUAAAAAGUCUUUAAUCUAGAGCUGCCGUGUGAAUUGUAUAAAGCAGGCACACUUCUGCUCCUAUUGCAAUCAUAAAUUCACAAUGGCACUUUUCGAGUA